ACACGCCCAGCCUCUUGGCGAGGGGUAUCCGGACCCCGGCGCGGGGAUGCAGGGGGCGCGGCGAGGCUGGCCCCCAAACCGCAGCCUCCGCCACCUUCCGGGAGCGGCUCGGGGGUCUUGGCGGAGCCUCGGGGAACGUUGACUACUCCGCGAAUCAAGGGUCCCCGCGUCAGCAGCCUCCGCGGCGGGGCGGGGCGGGGCGGAGCGCGCGUGCGCGGCUCCGGCGGCUGCGAGCGGCUGUGCAGCGGCUGGGACUCGCGGGCGCGAGGCCGGCAGCCUGGGCGGGGGGUUCUGUUCGUGACGGGCGGCGGCGCGGGGUCCGGACUGUACCCGCGGUGGCUGCUCCAGACGCGGGCGGCGGCAGCGGAGGCGGCCCCUUCGCAGGCGCGAUGUGGCCCCUGUUGGUGCUGCUGCUGCUGGGCUCAGCGAGCCGCGGUUCAGCUCAGCUAAUAUUUAAUAUAACCAAAUUUGCAGAAUACACCACUUGCAAUAAAACUGUUGUAAUUCCAUGCCUCGUUAAUAAUGUGGAGGCACAAAACCUUAAAGAAAUGUUUGUAAAGUGGAAAUUCAGAGAUAAAGACAUUUUCUUCUAUGAUGGAGAUAAAAAUGAAUCCAGCCCCAACAUUAACUUUUCGAGUGCAUUCAUCGUUCCGGAAGCACUACUAAGUGGCAUUGCCUCUUUGAAGAUGGCCAAGAGCCAUGCUGUCCCAGGAAACUACACUUGCGAAGUGACAGAAUUAACUAGAGAAGGCGAGACCAUCGUGGAACUAAAAUAUCGUGUUGUUUCAUGGUUUUCUCCAAAUGAAAAUAUCCUUAUUGUUAUUUUCCCAAUGUUGGCUGUACUUCUAUUCUGGGGACAGUUUGGUAUUGUGACACUUAAAUAUAAUUCCAAUAUUACGAAGGAGAAAAUCAUCAUUAUAUCUGUGGCUGGACUAGUUCUCAGUAUAUUAGUCAUUGUUGGAGCCGUUCUCUUCAUCCCAGGUGAAUAUUCAACAAAGAGGGCCAGUGGACUUGGUUUAAUUGUAGUUCCUACAGUGAUAUUAAUAUUACUUCAGUACUCUGUGUUUAUGAUAGCUCCAGCUAUUGGGAUGCUCCCCAUCAGCAUCAUCUUAUUGAUCAUUCAGGUGCUGGGCCUUUUGAUCUCUGUGGUUGGACUAAGCCUCUGUGUCUCAGAGUGCACCCCAAUGCAUGGUCCUCUUCUGAUUUCAGGAUUGGGUAUUAUAGCUUUAGCGGAAUUACUUGGAUUAGUUUAUAUGAAAUUUGUUGCUUCCAAUCAGAGGGCUAUACAGCCUCCUAGGGAUUUAAUGGCAGCUGUACCUGGAAUGCCACAGAAAGCUGUAGAGGAACCCCUUAAUGCAUUUAAAGAAUCGAAAGGAAUGAUGAAUGAUGAGUAACUGAAUUGAAGUGAGGGACUCUGACUUGCAGAGUAGUAAGAUAUGAAAGGAAUGCACUUCUGUUUAAGGACCCUGACCUUGACUCAUUCACUGUUCAAGAGAAGAAAACAAGAAAAGUGAAUCUCAUCUAUAAGAGAAAGUAAAUCAUUGACUUUUAAAUGGUUAUUACAGUUAAGUAUCUAUUCAAAACAUUUAUGACUUAGUUAAUAAAAGUAUUAAUGAUC